ACUUGCGUAAGGUGGAUAGUUUUCUCUAAAAUCAUUUUAUUUAGUGCGGUGAAUUAAAAAAGUGUUUUUAUUAAUGCCGUACCGCAGGCGUUUCUCCGACAAAAUGCCGGAUUUCGAUGACGAAGUAACCGUCGUUGAUGUGUACGAUUUGGCUUCAGAUAUUGGAAAGGAAUGUGAAAUAAUAAUUGAGAAGUACGGCCCUGAAGCCGUGACUGCACUUCUACCGAAAGUGAUAAAUGCUCUAGAACUCCUGGAAAACUUAGCAGUUCGAAACGAGAAAGAAAAUCGGGCAUUACACGAGUUGACCGCUAAGAUAUCUCAGUUAGAAAACGAUAAGAUCGAAAAAGCAGAAUAUAGACAACGAUUUGAAAAGGAAAUAGAAGCAAUUGAAGAGCAAUGGAGAACAGAAUCAGCAGAGUUAGUCACAGCAGUAGCAAGGUUACAAGAUGAAAACAAACGACUGCGAAGAACAGUAAACUCGCCUGCGGACGGUGAGUUUAGAUGCACAAGUGCGCCCCCUUCACCGGCGCGGGAACAUGAUCAAGAGGUGCUAUCACGGCUCAGCAGUACGGCCGAGAAACAGAGAGCUACUCUUCGCCAUCAGGAGCUGCAAUUGCAAGAGAAGCAGCAGCUGAUUGACAGUUUGACAAACCAAGUAGAAAAGUUGGCGCAGGUCAGCCGCGAUCUACGACGGAAGCAUAAGCAGUUGCAAAAUCAAAUGCGCUUAGUAUGCGAAGAGAGAACAGAAUUAUCGGCUAUAGUUCAGUCCCAACAAAGAGACAUCACCGUUUUACAGCAAUCGGACGCACAGAACAAGAAGUGCGCUUCUUGCGGUGUUGGUUUUCCUGAAGGCACGGACGAUGAGGACCAAUCAUCGAAACCUACAUUCAGUGUUCGGGAGCUGCGUGCAAUAUUACACGAGCGAAAUGAGUUGAAACUUAAAUUGAAUAGGGCUGAAGAGCAAUUGCAGGCGCUACAGACGGAGCCGCAACCAGAUAGCAGCGGCUCGGACACAUCGCCAUCUCUUAGUAGCACGAUACCGGAAGAGGACGAGGCUCCCGUACAAGGGCCACUUCCGGCUGAACCGGACGACGCGCCGUGGAAACGUAACAGCGGAAUAAGGAAGUUGUUUCGGCUGGCGACAUGGCGCGCUGAAGGGAGACGAUCGCCACCUCCAAGGAUCUCUUUCGGCCCCUGGUAUUAGAAUCAGAAAGAUUGCAUAAAUUGCUGAACAACUGUAUUUUCUUGAACCCGACUUGGAGUUCGUUUAAAAGUUAAUUUCAACAUUAUUUGCAUUCAACGCAUAGUGUUUAUUCGUUCGGAUGCCUAGUGGACUAUACAAAAGUGUGGCAACGCUUCCUUAAGCUACCCUUAAUACUGAUUUAUCACUAGUAUGACUUAUGUACUACACCACGCAAGAUUUUUUGGUACAGAUUUGCUUUAACUCUAUAGACUAUUCUUAAAGACACGAGAAAGUCCAAGAUAUGUUUCAUAUUGUUAAAUUAAUUUACACCAAAGACUUGUUCUUUGAAGCCACAUGUCACGUUUCAGAAUAUUAAAAGCUUACGUUAUAUUAAUCAUAAUAUUUAUUCAAAUGGCCUAAUAAAGUGAAUAAUUCGAGUUGUUCUGUCAUUUUACCUCUAUUACAUUGGUUUUUAGCCAUUCUAAGUAUUAAGUUACCAAAAAAAAUAUUUAUUAAAAACAAAUAACUGUUUCUAAAAGUAGCUCAUAGACCAACUAAAGUUAUCCGUUCUUCCAUACUUUUAGGAGGGUAGAUGUCACAAACGAUACAUAAUGGCCAUAUGUUUGCAAAGUUAUCUUUCAGAUUUUACGGUAAUGUGGGUAGUUUGCAAAUGUAACUGGUUUGUAUCUCUCAAUAGACUCGACUAGAUGAUGUGCCUCAUACAAUCACGUUUCAAUCAAUAGAGUAUUUGGUAGGAUGUUUAGAAUAAGUGUGCGGGACCAUAACCCCGCUAGUGUAAGAAUAUAUUCAUUCCUAUUUGCUCGUUUUUUAGAUCUGUCUGUCUUUGUUAAACGCUGGCGUUAAUUUAAUGAUUAUAUGAACACUGCAAAGCCAAAAGUUAUGGUAUCCCGGAAAUAUUUUAGGUUCUGAUAGAAGAAUACCCACUCGCGUUACUAUAUUCUAAAUUUUAUCCAUAUUCUUUUAGUCAUAUGGAUUAGUGUUGGUAUGAUACGAUUAUGAUCCUUCAUAGGCAUGGGAAUCUCACAAACAUAAUGUUUGUACGGUAACUGAUGCCUAUGCAGUUCCCCAUUUUCUAUGAAUUAUUCAACUAGCUCUUAAUUUUGUAAAUUAUCAGCUAAAAACAUUCAGAAGUUGUACCUCAAAUCGUAUUUUUUAUUAAUUCCAAUCUUGCUUUUUAAAUAUUUUGAAGCGAUUUAAUGUGCCGGUUGUUAUAUUAUUUAUGUACAAGCAAUUUAAUGACGACAGACAGCAAUUUAAAAUAAGUAAUACGUUAAUAUAUUUUAUAAAUGACAUAUUUAUUUCAAUGUCAGAAAUGCUAGUCACCGUAUUACUGGGUACUAGAUUUAAGAAUGUUUUGGCAUCAUGACGGUAUCUUAUUAUGUACUGUUUGUUUUUAAGUUCAAUAUACCGCAAUUAUAUAGGCAAUCUAAAACCGAAGAAGUUUACUAAGGCCACUUACAAAGGAAUAUUAUCAGUAUUAUGAAGUUUAUUUCUUUUUUCAUUUUAACCCACAUAAUAGUACUGUUAAUACGGCAUGAUCGUACCGUCUGUAAUUCCCAAUUGAAUUGUAUUUUAUAUUUCUGAUGUCAUACAAAUUUAAGCAAAGGAAUUAUAACAUAUGUAUAUGUUAAAUUUAUUUAAACUACAUUGUUAUACUACCACAAUUCCUUCAUGUAAAGUUCUCCACUUAGACUUCAAUCCGUGAAUUGAUAAAAAACAAUGCGAUACGAACAAAACGUUCAGUAGUAAUAACAUUAAACCUUCGAAUCUUUCGUUCUAGAUAAGUGCUUUAAGUAUUAGCGACUCACCAUCAUAAACACUACAUAACAAUGUACCGUCUUGAUAAAUCACAAGUUUUGGGUUUUUGGGAACAUUCACUAAAUCUAUCAUUCCAUUAUAUUAUUCUUUAAAUGUUUAUUAAAUUAAAAAUUAAGACUAUGUAUCAUUGUGAUUAAUGUUGACGGUGUCAAAUUAAAUAAUGUUUAUAUGAA